AUGGAAGGAAAGUUUGAAUCUGUAGAGGAGGUGUUUCUAUCCAUUAAAUUCUGGUUACAGCUGGCUUCAAUUAAUCUGUCAAAUACAAACAUCCGGACCAGUCAAGAUGAACAUGUUCUUCGUAUGCUAGAGAUACAUCGAACUCCAGUCAAAGCUAAGCAGAUUCGAGUGGUUUCAUGGACUAAACCAAUACAUAAUCGAGUGAAACUUAAUGUAGAUGGUAGCAGUCUAGGGAAUCCUGGUCAGGCUGGGGGAGGGGGAAUGAUUCGAAAUGAAAAAUGUGAAUUGGUAUCGGCAUUUUGUACUUACUUUGGGGAAGCUACAAAUAAUGAAGCUGAAUUGAGAGCGAUCAUUGAAGGUUUAAGGAUAUGCCGUGAGUUAGAAGUAUAUCAACUUGACAUUGAGUGUGAUUCACUACUAGUGGUUUCUUGGAUUUUAUCUCAGAAGUGUCCCAUAUGGUAUUUAUGGGAUUUCUGGGAAGAUCUUGUGGAGCUACUGCAGAAAUUCGAUUUUUAG